AAAAGAUUGAUGUGUUGAUCACCGCGCACGAAGUUAUCUCCCCAUAAAAGCGCUCUUUACGCAGAGAACAUGCGGUGCGGGCACAAACUAAAUGUUUAGCCACAAAAAUAAAAACAUAGCAGAAGAUUGCAUCGGUGAUUUCAUAUUUCUGUGACCUGCUGCCAUUUUUAAUGUUUGUUUAUUCUCUUUUUUGUUUACCACCGCACCAACAGUGCUGCCCUGUUUCACAAGAUGGCCGCAGCGCCAUGUCCACAUUCCUUUCUGACCUGAAGCUGAAAGCCAUUUAGGUUAGGCAACUGACAACAGAGGAAUUGUACUGGUAAACUGAAGAAGAUCAAGCGAGCAUGAAAGUGUAGCCAACAGGCUCGUGUGGCCACUUGCCUUGUCCUUGAGAUUAGCUGGCCGCCUUGCGACUAACCGCCUUGGCCCAUUGACCUCGUUGUCGCUGCUCUUGCUGAUCUGUCGUCAGCUGUCGUCGCCGAGUGAAUUUCAUUUCGAGGGUUUGAGCAAGCGCCCUAAAUGCCAAGCCAACAAGAAUUCGUUCCAUUUAUUCGGCUCACUUUAAACUUGUAAGAUGUUCGCCUUUCUUGGGAGGUUGUGGGUGAGGGGUGUGUAGGUGAAGCCACGCAGACAGACAUUCGCCGUUGGCUCUGGCAUGCAGUACAUAUUCAGUGAAGGUGAACUGAGUAGUUUCUGACAGUCAACUUUGCGGGUGGCCUGGGUCUGACAUUCGGCAUAUACUGGGCGGGAGGAGUGUCAGGUGGUUCUCUGAACCCUGCAGUGACCCUGGUGAUGUGUUUACAAGGCGCCGUGCAGUGGCCGCUGUUCCCCUUCUACACCCUCGCUAACCUAGCGGGCGCCUUUGCUGCAGCAGCCGUGCAGUAUGGUGUUUAUUAUGACGCUCUGAAUUCAUACGACGGGGGACAAAGAAGAACUUAUGGCGAGAAAGCAACGGCAUCAAUUUUCUCUACCUUCCCCAACAGCAAAAUAUCCACCCUGAAUUGCUUUUUUGACCAAGUGUUUGGCACCUUCAUCCUCUGUGGCUGUAUCCUAGCAAUGACUGACAAAAGGAACAUGAUGCCCCACAAAGGCCUCUUGCCUUUGGCGGUUGGUGCGAUUGUCUUUGGUAUUGGGACCUGCUGGGCCUACAACUGCGGCUACGCCCUCAACCCCGCGAGAGACCUCGGGCCUCGCAUCUUCACCGCCAUUGCAGGCUGGGGAGUGGAGCCCUUCAGUUUCCGGAACUAUAACUGGUUCUGGGUCCCGAUCGUGGGACCCAUGGUUGGCAGUUUCGUGUCCUGGCUCGUCUACAGUUUUUUUGUGCAGCUUCAUUGGCCAGCAUCAAAAGAGGAGAUCAUCGCGACAACCAACUCAGUGACAGUCACAGUAGAUGGGAAAGUGGAAGUGGCUGCCAACAGGACAGGCGCCCUCUAUCGAGAACAUUCCCUCACGGAAUCCACAAGAAGACUCAGCAUUUGACGACCAGGUAGCAGGGUCUUGCCUCUAGUCUCGCGUGUUGUGCAUCUGGUGAGACAUGGCGAGCCCUAGCAGAGACUGUGGUACUCAGUGCACGAGUCCACGUGACUUGUCAAACAAAUGUCGCGAGGACUUCAGACUCUAUCUUGGUAGUCCAGCUCUCCACAAGAUCCGGUCCAGUGUGUUUACGGUUGUUUUUUAUGCCAAUGCCAAAUCCCUGCUUACUUGUCAUUAGCAAUCAAACUAAUGAAUACUAGGACGGUGAGUUCAUUACAGAAAGACUAUCUGCUUAACGUUAGCUACCAAGAUGGCGUCUUACAAUGUCUUGGCUACAGUAUACUCAUGGGUCUUCAUAAUCAGAAACGAAACAAACUGAAGAACUCUAUAGGUCAUGUAAGGUGAGUGCGGCUGCGACUAGAAAUUCUUUGUUGCGAGAAUGGAUGGCAAAUGCGAGGAUGAAACAAAAUUCGGGCCCUCUUCUCUUCUCCCACGUUUCUUGUUUAGGUCCAUCCCGUUGUCAGCUUUUUUUUUAAAGGAUAGGGUUGUAUCAUCAGAUAUAAGUUUUUUUUAAAGGAGGCAUCAAGAUAGGCAAAAUAUGUAUUAAGGCUGAUUACAAGCAUCAUACUUCCCUGUCAUCCAUUCGAUCUCUAAAAGACAGUGAACCUUUCAUUUGGAGUUCGAAGAACAGGACCGUUGUCUUCUUCAGACACGAUCCAUGAUUCAAUACAAGGUGACUUGGUAUGGCUGUGGUGAUCGGUUAAAGACCACUCGAAGCCGAAUUUAUAAAGUGAAGGUAAGUCGUUACCUGUGGGCAAAUUGGAGAAAUCAAGGAAAAACGUCGUUUCCGUAGUUGCGACCCACUGUCCAGACCUACCUUUUUUUUUUUCUUUACCUCGGGGUAUCUUUGCCACCGAUUUAAAACUAGUCCUCGUGGUCUAGACAUCACUUUGUAACUAUUUAGAUGAAGAUCCUUACCCUCAAUUUGUCCAGGACGACUUACAUUUGCUUCAUGAACACAGCUCUAGAAACCACAAGAAUCAUCCAUAGAGCCACAAGACUAAGAACAACACUUUUCUUAAGACAAACUUUAUCUACAACAAUGUACACAUUAUGGCUAUAUACCAUCUUUAAAUCAUCGUGAAAAAGAAUAGCAAAUACAGUUUUGUAUAUUUUCUGCUGACAUAAAUGUGAAUAUCAGGAUAACUACUAAAGUAUGUGGGCGAUGGCGGUGUUUUUGUAGUUUUAUUGGUCUGAAUCAGACCUCAGGUAUUAGUAGUUUUUAUUAUCUCUUGUUACACCUAAUGCACAUAUCUUACAGUCCACUCAUGAUUUGUGUCUUCAAACAACACACAUUUGUAGCAAAAAGAAAAAUAUAAAAAAUUUAACUUAACUUCAAACAAUAAAAAAAUGAUAAACUUUGCACUUGAGCUUUUGUUGACUACCAUGAGUCAGUUUCUUCUCAAUGCCUACGAAUAGUAGGGGGUCGUACUAUCCUUGCCAGCAUUUUAACUGCAAGCACUUGCUGGAGAUACCUCAGCCCUAGCUGUAUUCUAGAAAGGUGUCUGUUGGUAACUGCUAGUACAUCUGCCUUUCCCCUCUCACUGACAAGUCCUAGAAUUUUAGAUCACAAGUUUUAAAGUGUAUGCUGUACCUGUGUCAAAAUAUCACACAAAGAGGUAAACCGCUUAAUUGACUAAAAGAUGAUUGGAAAGGAUAUCUCAUCAAAACAAAUGUUAUAUGUCCUGCUUACAGAAUAGUGAAUCAACAGGCGCAUAAAGGAAAAAAAGUCAUGAGUCAACUGAAUUUUUCCACGUUCUUCAAAACUGGAUAAGAUCAACCAUCUUAUGCAAAACUGAAAGCGACAUAAAAAAGUUAAUCUGAAUAAAGAUGCAAAAAUUACUCACUCAAAAUUUACAAAAUUUUAUGGGCAAUAUUUUCUGCAAUAGAAAUGUUUAACAAGAGCAAUCAAUCUCUUCUUGCUAUACUCACUAAAAUAUUUAUGCAAUAUGGUUUAUAUGGUUGGUUGAUUGGUGAAACAUGUUUCCACCAGAGGUGAUUUCACACUAGGAAGUGAAAGGAAGAGGAAACUGAGUGCCCAAAGAAAACCCCGAGAGCCAGCUCUGUAAACAGGCAUCACUGUCACAAAACUAGUGUUUUAACCCAGGCUUCUUACUGCAGUGAUGACAGCAGGAGUGUUUUAACCACUACACUACCAGGUCCCCCUGCAACAUUUAUACCAUGAUCUGAUGACAAAAAUACUUCACUUACUGAAUUGGUAUUCCAGCUUCGAGUUCUCCUGCAUGUUAAAAAUAUUUACCGAGGUUUGUAUUUAACGCUGUGCCAGCAACUAAGGCUAUAUCAUGGUGACAAAAAGUAAUUUUACCUUAAAAAGUUUAGGGAUAAAACCCCCCAAGUAAUAUAACCAUUAUAUUUUUAAAAACCAACGCAAGCAGUAAACAAUAAUGUAAAAUAGCAUUGCCAUAGGGACUGAACAAAUGCGGAGAAAAUAGAUUUACAGUUUGAUGUUACCAGCAAGUGUAAUUUGCCAGGAGACUAACAUGCAGCCUGGGCAGCCUGAGAUACCAGCAUGGCCAGGAGCCCAA